AUCUCGUCAUUGAAUUACUCAUCCUGUCUUUCUUAGUUUUUGUCCUCCAGAAAAAGACUCAUUUUUCAGAAUUAUUUGUAUCAAGGUGACUUUUUGAGAUUAGAUAACCAUAUUCAUCUGAAUACUGAAAAUGGGAAGUAAUCCUGCCAUUGUGCCUACUCCUGUAGAAGAUGUCCAAGGAGAUGGGCGAUGGCUCAGUAUGCAUCAGCACUUUGUGUCCCAAGCACAUGAUCUGGAGCCUGAUGUUGUGCUUGUUGGAGACUCCAUGUUAGCUAAUUUACAAAUAACUGAACUCUGGGAGAACUGGUUUGCUCCCCUGCACUCAAUGAAUCUCUCUGUGGGAGGGGACCAAACUCAGCAUGUUCUCUGGCGACUCCAUAAUGGAGAGCUUGAGUGCAUACAACCAAAGGUUAUUGUAGUAAUGGUGGGCACCAACAACCAUAGUCACAGUGCAGAACAAGUAGCUGAAGGUAUCAUGGAAGUGUGCAAGCUUUUGAAUGAGAAGCAGCCACAGGCAGACAUCGUGCUCCUGGCAUUGCUUCCAAGGGGUGAAAAGGAGAACCCAAUAAGAGAAAAACAUAGAAAAAUCAAUGAGAUUUUGGGUGAAGAAAGUAAAAAGAUUGAAAGGAUACAGAUGGUGGACUUGGGCCGAGAUUUAUUGCAAGCCGACGGCACCAUAAGCCACCGCGAUAUGUUCGACUACCUGCACCUGACGCACCGUGGCUACCGCCGCGUCUUCCAGCCCCUACAUGACCUGCUAACGCAGAUGCUGCACGGCGACGACUCUCAUCUAGUGAAUGAAAUCGCGGCAGCCACGCACUCCACUCUGCCGUCACCUAGUGACCCUGCCUCUGUGGCUGCUGAGUGAAUGCUCUACGCUUUCAAUGAUAUUAAAUAAAUUUAAUAAUCAUUAACUUAUCAAAUUGAUUGUGAUGGAUGGUGGCUAGACCAAAAUUAACGUUUCCUUGUAUGCAGAGAGAAAAGAAAACUUGUGUGAAUUGUUCAGUGUUCAAGUUUAAGUAUAAUAUAGUAGAGACAAGUUGUAGGUUGUAUUUUGGAGAGAUAUUUAUGAUAGAGUUGCCCAAUAUGACCAUCACCAAACUUGUUGGCAUCCUAAUGAUUAUUGCUACAAUGCUACGUCACCUGAUACUGGUAUGCUAAUAAAUCUCUUCGGUACUUGCAUUCAAUUGGCUGAAAUUUUUUUUCUAUAAAUUAUAAGCAUUCAAUACUUUCAGGACUUAAACACAAGUAAAAUUGCAAGUUUUGAAUUGCCGAAGACAUUAUGAUGCUAAAAUAUUGACAACUUUUGUCACUUGUUCUAGAUUAGCCUCAACUGACGAGUAGAAAAUUGUCACAAUAAGUGUAUCAGCUGCUGAACUUUGCAUGAUUCAGCAAACAAUUCAGAAUAUUAUUUGAUGUU